GUCCUCAACCCCUUGACCCGUCGCCUGAUCUUCGAGUCCAGCACCGGCCGGGCGGUCUCGCCUUUGACACGGCAGCAGGUGGAUAAUUUCAAGCUCAUGCCCAGCUUAACGGAGUCUGAAGCUUGGGUGGACUUUGUGGACUGGAAUUGCGAUGGCCAUUUGGACAUCCAAGAGGUGUGUUUUACAGUGGCCGCACUUCUCCCAGUGGAUGAAGCCUACGCGCGGAAGUUUGUGCUGCGGGUCAUGAAUUUACCAGAAGAUUCCGAGGAAAAACACGAACUGGACAAACAGGAGGUCAUCCACACGCUUCUGCCGCAGAUCCGGCGCCAGCUGCGGCGCCUGGUGGCCACGCCCCGGCCACGGCCUCCGCAGAUCUGUCGCAACUCCAAACAGGAUGAGUUGGUGGCCUGGUUCCAAUUCUGGGACUCCAAGAAGCAAGGCUGCUUGGACACAGCCACCUUAACGCUGGCCGUGGUCAGCACCUUUCACACUGCCCUAGCGCGCUCCGCCGAUGCAGCGACCAAGGACGCCGUGGCUCACACCUUUCUGAUGGAGCUGGGCUUGAGGGAGACGGACACGGUCACAGAGUCGCAGUUUAUGGAGAAGAUGGCGCCGCAGCUGGUGGCGAAUCUGCCGGUGGCCUUGGAGCGCGGGGAGCAGAGCGGCAGCUUCGAUCCCAAGUUGCCGCUGACGUUGAUUCUGCGCGACAUGAAAACCGCCAACGAGAGGCCUCUGCAUUUCGAGGAGGCUGGACAGGUGACCGUGGGCGAGCUGCGCAAAGCCACGCAACGCCGCUUUCCCGUGAUCCUUUGUCGGCGCAAGGUGAAGCUCUUUGUGAUGGGUCAGCUUUUGGAAGACGACGCGAAGCCGCUGAUGCACUUGCGGGGCAUCUAUGCAGGGGCCACGGUGAAUUUCAUGCCUGGGGAAAGGUUUGUGGAUCCGAUGCUUGCGUCGAAGAAGAAGAAGAAGACCUUGCACAUUGCCGACGACUUGGAUGGCUUCGAUUCCAGCUCCAGCGAGGACCUAAGUCCCAUAACGGCAAAGUGCAAGUCCUCGCCAGCUUCGCGUGUGGUGUCAAAGGACUCACAGUGGCAGUCGCCAGCGAGGGCAACUUCUCUUGAGUCAGCAAAGAUGAGGGCUGGAAACCGCAGGGCCAGCAUUAGAGGCAUCGAGCACGGGGCUUCCUCCAGUGGUUCCACACCGCUUAAGGCGAAGCCGGAGCCCAAGAAGGUGUCCAGGGCCAAGGUGCCAAAGCAGGUGAGUUGGCGCGACCUUCCCAAAGAUGUCGGGGCUGAGGAGGUGGAGGCGGCAAUUGUCCCGGCCUCUCAGCCUUGUUCACUGUUGACCAAGGGUUGCGAUUUCAAAACGAUGCACUUCUGGCUGAACAUCUAGAGCCUUAUUGGGCCGACCUGUGCUUCAAAAGUUGGGUGGCAGCAAGAGGUUUUUUUGGAGUCCUCGGCCUGUUCAAUUUUCGAUCUCAGCUUUGGAUGCAGCCCACUUC